CGGUUUAAGAUCGCGAGAGGACGAGCGAAACCCAAGACAAGAAUCACAGCGCACAGUGACACAUACAUAAAAAAACGAAACACAAACAGAAACAGAGUUAUUGGGAAACACGAAACACUAAUUGAUUCGAAUUCGAUUCGAUUGAGGAUUGCUGUUUGGGUGUCUUGAUGGUGUCGGUGAACCCAAACCCCGCUCAAGGCUUCUACUUCUUCGAUCCCUCCAACAUGACCCUUCCCGGCGUCAACAAUCUUCCACCGCCGCCGCCGCCGGCUCCGGCUGCUCCCUCCGCCGUCGAGGAUCCGAAUAAGAAGAUCCGGAAACCCUACACGAUUACCAAGUCCAGGGAGAGCUGGACCGAGCAGGAGCACGACAAGUUUCUAGAAGCUCUCCAAUUAUUUGAUCGGGACUGGAAAAAGAUUGAAGCAUUUGUUGGUUCAAAAACAGUUAUCCAGAUACGAAGUCAUGCACAAAAGUAUUUUCUUAAAGUUCAGAAGAAUGGAACAAGUGAACAUGUACCUCCUCCUCGGCCAAAGAGAAAAGCUGCUCGCCCAUACCCUCAAAAAGCUCCUAAAACUCCUACUGUAUCCCAAGUUAUGGGCCCAUUGCAAUCUUCAUCUGCUUUCAUUGAACCUGCAUACAUUUAUAGCCCAGAUUCUUCAUCUGUGCUUGGAACUCCAGUUACUAACAUGCCUUUAUCAUCUUGGAAUUAUAAUACUACACCACAACCAGGCAAUGUGCCACAAGUGACCAGAGAUGACAUGGGAUUGACUGGAGCUGGACAAGCUGCUCCUCUUAAUUGUUGCUACAGCAGUAGUAAUGAGAGCACCCCUCCGACUUGGCCUCGUAGCAAAAGGAUUAAUCAAGGUGACCAGGACAAGCCAAUUAAAGUAAUGCCAGAUUUUGCACAAGUCUACAGCUUCAUUGGCAGUGUAUUCGAUCCAAAUUCAACUAAUCACCUACAGAAACUACAACAGAUGGACCCAAUAAAUGUGGAAACGGUAUUGUUGUUGAUGACAAAUCUCUCCGUCAAUUUAAUGAGUCCUGAAUUUGAGGAUCAUAAGAGGCUGCUUUCAUCAUAUGAUACCGACUCUGACAAGUCGAAGUUUGUUAAUAUUUGCAGCAAAUCCUUCACCAAUAAAUCCGAGAGUGCUGUUUUGUCUGCUUAGGAUGUAGCCAGUGGUUUGCCCUGAAGAGUGUUUUCAAUAUAUUUUCUGAAUGCACAUAAAGUGGUGGAGCAAGAAAGGGAAAAGACAAAGGUUUUGCUGAAAGGAAGUGUAGUAUCUAGAUGCUUGCAUGUGUAUAUAACUCGUAUAUAUAAGUAUAUGUAUACCUUUUGGAUUGAGUUUUUAUUUGUUGUAGGCACUGUUAGAUCGUAGUUAUGCUGCUGUGUUGUGUAUAUCUUUUGAAGAUGAUUGUCCUUGGCAUGCAGGACAAUGAGAGUCCUGUUAGGUCACUUUUGGAGGCUAUACUCUGUACAGUCUAUUGAGUGCUUUUGUGUGUUAUGCUGUGAAGCUUAGAAUUAGUAUAAAAGAGCGGUGUUAGGACUUAGGGGGUGCCGUCUGCCUUGUAUAUAAAGCAAUAAAACAGUGUAGAUAAAGUUUCUUCUUUUCAUGCGUGUAUAUUAUAUUAAUAAUACUUGCUACCUGGUCUCAACUA